AUGGAUCUGGAAAAUACGGAAAUUAAGGAAUGCUACAGAGUAGGAAACUUAAGUAAUAAUAAACCCAGAUCAGUAUUUGUAAAACUAAAGAACUAUGCAGACAAAGUGGAAAUAAUAAAAAAUAGGAAAAAAUUAAAGGGUACCAAGAUCCACAUCAAAGAAGACUUAACGAAGAAUAAAAUGGAAAUAUUAACGGCCGCUUCUGAAAAAUUUGGAUACAAGAAUGUUUGGAGUUUAAAUGGCAAGGACGACGAAGAAGAGAACAACGAUCUUAAGCCAGCCCUAACACAAGUGGCCCUGCAAGCUACCUUGUUCUUGGAAGGUAACUCAACCGGCGAAUUAAGCCCCUCCAAACGUGUUUAUAUCAUGGAUAGCAGCACCAAAAUCAAAUUCCUUAUUAACACAGGAGCCUGUCUUACCUCGAGCAAACUACAAAACUUUAACCAAAUUUCGACUGCAACGGCAGUAGAAUAG